UCCACGCCUACCCUACCACCAACAGAAAGAAGAGGCAAUUAUCAUCUCUCUUUAACCACUGCUGCCUUACAAUUCUAUACACACUGCCAUUUGUAUAGCUUUUGUAUGUACAUAACACUCCUAAACCUAGCCCAACUCCCAUUUCCGUCAGCAUUCUUUGUCAUUUCUCGCAAAACUAUCAAAAACCCACCGACUGGGUUUCAAUUUCAAGACCUUUUUAACCAUUCCAGUUCCUCUUUCAAGCUGCGAGUAUAUAAAUUGGCCAGAAUCGGUAUGCAUUUGUUUACGAACAAGCUAAUUGAGCAGGAGGGUAUGAAGAUGGAAUUAUGGAUAUAGAUAUACCACAUGCAGAGAAAUUAGUAAGAGACAUAACCGGGAUAUGGAUGAAAUCGAGGGAGGGAAUUGUUAUUGGGCAAACAUGCCCCCAGAGCUAUUGAGGGAAGUGUUGAUGAAGAUAGAGGAUUCUGAAUCCAGUUGGCCCGCGAGAAAACACGUAGUGGCGUGUGCAGGUGUGUGUAAAAGCUGGAGGGAGAUAAUUAAGGAGUUGAUCAAAACCCUUGAGGUUUCUGGAAAAAUCACUUUUCCUAUAUCCAUUAAGCAGCCAGGUCCAAGAGAAUCUGUUAUCCAGUGUUUUGUAAAACGGAAUCGUGCUACACAAAUGCAUUAUCUUUACCUAAGCUUAAGUCAAGCGCUGGCUGAUGAUGGCAAGUUUCUUCUAGCUGCUCGUAGGUUUAGGCGCCCCGCAUUCACGGAGUACGUGAUCUCUCUACAUCCUGACCAUAUGUUCAGGGCAAGUGGCUCUUAUAUAGGAAAACUGAGAUCUAAUUUUCUGGGAAAUAAGUUUGUUGUAUAUGAUGCUCUGCCUCCCCAUGCUGGGGCCAAAAUGCUCCAAACUCGCUCCACUCAGAUGGUUGGCUUAAAAAUAUCUCCAAGAGUUCCUGCUGGCAACUAUCCAGUAGCCCAGAUCACGUAUGAGUUGAAUGUGCUGGGAGCCAGGAGUCCAAGAAGAAUGCACUGUGUCAUGGAUACAAUUCCAGCUUCUGCCAUUAAACCUGGAGGUGUGGCUCCAAUACAGAUUGAUUUCCCUUUCAGCAAGGCCAAUUCCUUUCCGGCGAUCCCCUUUUUUUGGUCAAAUUCAAAUCGAUUGGAUAAAUCCCUGUCUGCACCUUUGGAUAGCAAAAAAGAGGCAUCGCUUGUUUUGAGAAACGAGGCUCCAAGAUGGAACCAGCAGCUCCAUUGCUGGUGUUUGAACUUCCAUGGACGCGUGACAGUUGCAUCAGUGAAGAACUUUCAGUUGGUGGCUUCUCCAGAGAAUGGUGUGGUUGGGGCAGAAAACGAAAAGAUCUUCCUUCAGUUUGGGAAAGUUGGGAAAGAUGCGUUCACCAUGGACUUCAGCUAUCCGCUGUCAGCAUUCCAGGCAUUUGCCAUCUCUCUUAGCAGCUUUGAUACUAAAAGUACUCGUGAAUGAUACACAUUGAGCGGGAAGUGAUUGCAUUGUGAAUGAUGAACAAAUAAGAUGGAAAGAGGCCAGUCCUAUCUCUUUUUACUUUUCUGUAUUUUUAUCUUUGAACUUUAGUAGUGGUAUAUAGAAAAUAUUUAAAAAUGCAGAUAUGUCUACUUUUUCUGUCCUCUCUUCCCUUGUGUGCAUACUAGUUUAUUUUGGAAAUAAUCUUUUGUUGCUGUUGUGGAUAUUUUUACUUUUCUUGCUUCUUGCAGAACUAGGUUUUUAUGACUUCUCCACCCAUCACAUUCUAACAAAAUUUUAAGUGAAAAUUGUAUUAUUAGUCCC